AUGUGCAGAUUUACUCAUGUUCGUUGCAAACAUGCAAGCAGAAGCGCAAGUGCUUGCCAGGAAGCUGCACUUCAAAAUCUGACACAGCAGCAACCAGCAGCAAGUUUCAACAGUUCGUCAGGCCUGUGGAAGGAGAUCCGCAAAAGGGCCAAGGUUACAGCAGUCGAGCCAUUUUCCGCAGAUGGACCUCCAGCGGUGGUGUACACCGGGCAAACUGCAUCAGCUGCCGCCACAAUCCUCAUGGGCACCACCACUUGCUUCGCAGCAGUUGCUUGGACAACUCAGUCGACCUUGAAGCACGUCAAGGAGGCAUCGUGGCAGACACUCAGCCCCGCAAUUGCGAUCUUCUCCGCGGUCCAGCUGUUAUAUAUUCUUCGUGAGAUGACGAACCUGCUGGUGUCAGACAAUAUGGCCACUGAGGAAGUUUCACUGAAAGGGUUGAGGCAUCACGACUGCACAGUCUUCAAAAUGGAUCAGAAUGGUAUUGGCGCAGUGGCAUUUGCUCGGCUUAUCUUGGGCUACGCGGCAUUGCAGCUCACCUUCUUCUUGAGCAGGCAGCGGAAGCUCGCGAAGCUUGGCUGCCAUCAUUCGUGGAUCACGUCAUUUGAAAGGCCGCAAGCCGCAAGCGCUACACGCCGCAGGAUGUCGAUAGCAGUCCAGUUUGGAUCGCAGCUUGUGGGUUUGUUGUCAGCCGAUGCCUUCGCUACGUGGCAGGAGCUUUUCAAGGGCAGCGACUUCAAGUAA